CAGGAAAUUAAUAGUAGUGAAUCUGAUGAUUCAUCAGAAUUUAGUAAAAGUGAAUUUGAAAUAAGUUUUUUGCACAACCACCACGAUGAACAUUUGUUGAAUGAAUUACUAAUAGAAUUUGAACAUAUGACUUUGACUGAAGAUAAUUUAUUUAUAUCUAGAAUAAGUAGAAGUAGCUGUGGUAGUAGUUCUUCUACAGUAGAUACCAGUCGACUUUCAGAACCAAUAAAUUUUAUUCCUUUACAAUUUGAACAUCCAUUUAAUGAAAAAGGAUAUCCAGUACUUUCUAGCCAGUUUCAUUCAACUGAAACAGUAACACCUUUAAUGCUAUUUUAUGAGUUUUUUUCAGUUGAUUCUCUCAAUAAAAUCGUUGAAUCAACUAAUAAGUAUGCUAUUCAAAAUUCAGCAGAUUCUGUAUCACUUAAUAGUAAAGAAUUUCGUAGCUAUCUUAUUUGGCAACUAAUACAAGAUACUAAAAGUGUGUCCAAUAUAAAAAGAACAUGCCAAUUUAAUAGCAAACUUCCUAUUCCAAAAGUACAUUUAGUUCAUAUUACUAAAAACUCUAAACUUCCUAUAUGCUGCCAAAUUCCUGGAAAUCAUAUUUUAGAAUGGAGGGAUAAGUGGGAAGCAUGCAUUUGGUGCUGUUAUCUUGAAAAACAAGAAAGGAAUAAAAAUCCUCCACAAACAAACUUAUGGUGUCAUGAGUAUGAUGUUCCAUUAUGUU